CAGGUUCAGGCGACAGUCUUUCCCUCGGCCUUACCGGCCCAUUGUUUUUUAUUCCUUUUCUGCCUUUUCCUCCAGCCUAAGCCUUUGUCCUCCUCCGACGACUGACGAUUUCCCGACUAGGUUCGAGCCAGCGGAAGAAGUCGGGAAUUGCGCUGAUUAGGAGUUAGGGAGGGAGGACAGAAAUCGGUUCGGAUCUGAUAGAGAGGGGAAAAAAGAAAAAGAAGAAGAAGAAGAAGAAGAAGAAGAGAAGGCAUGAAUUUCCGGAACCUGGAGGAGUUCUGGGCGUUCUACGUGAGCCAGCACUCGAAGGCGUCGACGCGGCGGUGGCACUUCGCGGGGACGCUGUGCGGGGUGGUGUGCGUGGCGGGGUCGGUGCUGUGGGGGCGGCUCUGGCUGCUCCUGCUGGGGCCCCUGCUGGGCUACGGCCUGGCCUGGUACAGCCACUUCUUCGUCGAGCGCAACGCCCCCGCCACCUUCGGCCACCCCCUCUGGUCCCUCCUCUGCGACUUCAAGAUGUUCGCCCUCAUGCUCUCCGGCCGCAUGGACAGGGAGAUCAAGCGCCUCGGCAAGAGGCCCGUCCUCCAGCCCUUUUGAUAAUCUCCGAAACAAUUCCUUCCUUUCUUUUUUUUUUUUUCCUCCUUCCCCUCUCAUAGUUCCGUAAUAAUCAUCAAUUCGCCCCUUCCGUCCGUCCGUCCGUUUGCAGUUGCUUCUCCCCACGAUGCUUUUAUUACUAGUCCAUAUUUCAUACAAAUACUACAGGUGGCAUGAAUGAUUGAUUUCAUUCAUUCUAGUUGCAGCUCUGUAUAUUGUCGAUGAUAUUCUGCCCGCCGAUCUAAAUAUAUAUAUAUAUACGUAUUUAGCUUCCUUUUUUUUUUUUUGGUGCUUGCUGGCUACUGUUUAGUCUUUUUUAAAUGAAAAUGAAAACGAACACAAGAAAAAAGAGUAUUGUUUCUGCUCA